GCGAAUAUGUUUUUAUUCAUUGUCUAUUAUAUUGCACAUAAUCCAGAAGUGAAAAAGAAAAUGGUAGAAGAAAUUGAUAGUAUAUUUCAAGGUGAUAAAAUGCGACCAAUUACUAAAGAUGAUUAUUAUAGUUUAAAAUAUUGUGAAGCAAUUGUAAAAGAAGUAGCUCGUAUUCUCCCAGUAAUGCAUAUAUGUGCAAGAUGUAUUGAUAAACCCGAUGAAAUAGCAGGAUAUCAAUGGCCAGCUGACACACCAUUUCUAAUUAAUAUUAAAGCUAUUCAUAAUAAUGAAGAUUAUUGGGAAGAACCUAAUAAAUUUAACCCUGAUAGAUGGAUGGACGAAAAUUUUGAACCAAAGAAGAAUUCUUUUAUCAUGUUUGGUGGAGGACUAAGAUUAUGCCCAGGAAAUAAGCUUACAAUGAUUGAAUUAGUUUGUUUGAUAGCUUUAUUAUUCAGA